UGUUCAUUAGCCCCGUCACCAAGCAACACAACACAAUCUUGCUCUGCCUUCAAUCCUCACCCAAUCCUUUGCCGGCUCCUUCCCUCUCUCUUUCUCUCUUCUUUCUCUGCAACUUUUCCUCUGUGUAAGGACAUUUGACAGCGACAGAAAGCUUUCUCAUGGAUAUCUAUAUGUAGAGAGAGAAACAUAGACAUAAAACAAUGAUGGACGCUAGCGCUCCGUUCCGCGAGUUCACUACGGCUGAGAUUGAGUUGGCCGACAUCUUGCUCCACCUGCCUCAAUUGGUGUUUGAAUCAGAGAGUCGCUGUAGAUUUUGGUCAUGGUCCGCCAAAAGAAGGAGAUCUUCGUGGCGUUCGGUGCAAUCUUUCGAUUGUUUUCGUCUCGGGUACUCGUCCUCAUCAGAGUUGCGUGGUGGGACUGAUGUUGGCGGUGUGGGUCCUGUAUGUGAGAGAGAAGGUGCACCGGCGGUCAAAGCCGAGGCUCCAAGCCCUGCGACCCCUCUUGCGUUCUCGCCCGGAAGCGAAUCUGACGAGAAGCCCAAGCAGUUGUCGAAAAGAAAACCCCCUCUUAAAAGGAAGAGAGAGGAUUGGUUGGAGAUCAUAGAUGAGUUAAAUCGGCGUAGGGAUUCGCUAAAAGGGGAGAUUGAAUGUAUGAGGAGUUAUUGCACCUAUUUGAGAGCUUCCAAUUUGGAGAUGAAAGAAAGGUUGAGUCUAGGACCCGUUUUGAAGACCGUCGAUCCUCACGGUGGUGGAAAACAAGACACAGAUCGGACGGUUCAAAUGAAGUCCUCGUUGCCAUCUAGCACUAACAGAGGAUUUGGCGAAAUUGGUGCGGUCAAUGACAAGGCGGUCCCAUCUGGUCUCCUUGAUCUCAACGUCUCUGCAGAGGGGAUGGGCUUUUCAGGACCGUUUGAUCUCAACGUGAACAACAAGAGCAUGAUGAGUAGGGUAAUGGCGGCUCAAGCUAGACACAGAAGGAUGCAGAUCUACAGGGCCAAGAAACUCAGUUGCCGCUAAUCAUAAAAAGCAAGCAAGCUACACGAAGAGCCGAAAGAUUUUUUAUUUUUUAUUUUUAAUGGUGAGGCUUUACUCACCGUUUUAGGAUAUUAAUAUGUUGUUAAUCGGGGUUUUUUUUUUUUUUUUUUUUUUUUUUUUUUUUAAGGAAUAUAUUGUUAAGGUGGGUGAUGUCUAGAUGUAA